AUGAGAGAAUCCGAUCUUACACCAGAAAACAUACCACAGAACAACGACAAAACUUGUCAGUCAUACUGUCUCAAAUCUGUUGUUAUACCGAAGGUAUCCAGGUCAGAUGUUGGAACUGAGGUUGCCGUGCCGGUCGCCGUACAUGAUACACCACGUCCCGCCGUGUCUCAAAUUUUGGUCGACCCAAGUACCGCUGAACGCCAAAUAUCCAUAGUUACAGCCCUUAGACUAAUGACAAAUAACCAGCCAGUGAGCAACUUAAAAUCCGGUAUGCUUGACUACCUAGGUGACGGACGACAAUUUGAAGACUACCUGAAACCAUUGACUGUCGUCCAACAAUACACCCUGGAACAUUGCUUUGUGAUGGACAGUAGUGGUCAUUUAGUAAUGCAUCGAGAUUAUAUCGAGUCGGAUUCUGACGUGAAUGAUAUCCAUAUCACGGAGAAGGAACCGGAUGUUUCCGAAGACCUGUUGAGGAGGGAUAUACUUAAAAAACGACAGUGUGUUGAUUUUCAGGGGCUCAGAAACAUGGAUUACUAUAGGAUGAAGCUAGCAGUACAACAGAAAGUUUCGUCCACGAUUCACGCUCUGGAAAAUAUUCGCGAGGCCGUGGAAAAAUCUUUUGUACAAUCGGAAAUUGAGUUCACUCCUUGUUGUGAAAUGCCCGAUGACAUGGAGUUAAACACGGCGUUUGGGAAAGCGGUGAAUCUAAGCAUUGGUUGUAUAAGGAUUGCUGACAACGCAGAACCCAAUUCAGGUUUUCUUUCAUACGAUGUCAUAGAUGUAAUGAAGAACAAUUACGAUUCAUUUUCAAAUCUUAAAUGGCAAUAUUUCGGCACCGACGAGGGUGUAUUAACUAUUUAUCCUGCUUCCCUGAUAGAUGGAUGUGACAACUAUGAUCAUAGGUUCAGGCCCUGGUACGUAAAAGCUGCAACACCAGAACCUAAAAAUGUUGUUAUUGUAAUAGAUAAAAGCUCACCAAUGACCGAAGUACAGUCUGGAAAAAGCUUAUUAAACAUAGCCCAAAAUGCCGCAAUUACAGUACUAAAAACCCUGAAUCUAUAUGAUAAGGUUGGGGUGAUAGCAUUUUCCAACAAUGCGGUGUUGCUGCCUGUAAUUGGAGACAGUAGCUGUUAUGCAAAUGAACUAGCAUUACCUACUACAGCCAAUAUAGAGAAUUUAAAACAAUUUGUUCAAUCUUUGGCAGCUACUGGGGAGGCAUACUAUGAAAUAGCAUUUGAUGCAGCGUUUAACUUACUAAAAGCAUCGUACAUACUGGAUAACGACACCGAACGAGACCAGGUAAUAAUCUUUAUGACUAAAGGCGAACCUUUUGAUGAAAAGAGUAGCGUCAUGCAAAAAAUCCGUUCAAAGAAUGCUGAAAUUGGGAACAAAGUAGUCAUUUUGCCGUUUGCUGUUGGCUCAGAAUCUGCAAUCACAUUGUUGAAUGAUAUUGCAAACCAACACUUUGAACCGUAUGGAGUCGAGGAAGCAAAUAUUAGCAUUGGAGAAAUUAAGCCAGGUUUUGUUACACAACUGACAGAUUACAAUCUACCUCGCAGUAAAAUGGCUAGAUUUUAUGAUUAUUUUGCAAACUAUAAUAAGCUGACUGAUGGGCCUAUGUUUUCAGUGCCAUAUCAAGAUCGCUUUGGACUUGGUAUAGUGACAACAGCAGCAAUGCCUGUGAUAACUCGGCAGGAACAGAAGGGAGUUGUUGGCGUUGACAUAACUUUAACUGAUCUAUUAGAAUAUGUUAAUUCCUUCACAGAGGGACAUAAUUCGUACGCAUUUGUUUUUGAAACCGACAGAUUAGCAAACGGACGUACAUUGAUUCACCCAUUGUUACCGUCGCCGUCAGUCAUUAAAAAGAACGUGAUGUAUGUGCACAUUACUUCACUAGAAAGAGAGCAGGAUUUUUAUGACUAUGUGUACAUGAAUGCCACAAAUGAUGGUUCAGGCGGGGAAGCGACAUUUACGUCAAAACGUUAUUUUUCACGAGGAAAUCAAAGGACAGAGGGCGCCAGUACGAUUUCCGUACCAUCCACCUAUUACUGGCGACGUGUCAUUGGUUCAAAUUAUAUUGUAUGUUUUGUAGAGACUGUUGGUGUCCACAUUGUAGAACUGCUGGAUCGGAAUUUCCAAGCAUCUGAUCAGUCGACUUUUCAGUUCGCGCCGAGAUGUUUCAUCAGUCCUGUUGAGUACCUUGAAAAUGAGGAAACCGAAUCCACUGCACAACAGUAUCUAGACUACAUAAAAGAUGCAUCUAAUGUAAAAACAUAUUUUAAGAAGGGGGUUCGUGACGCGGUAAUAGUAACUGCUAAAGUAAAUGAAAUUUGGAAAAGUGAAGAGGCUGAUAUCUAUAACAACUACACACUAUUUCGCUACAUGGGAACGAGGAAUGGUGUAUAUCGUCAGUUACCUGGGAUUACGAUGAAUAAACUACAUGACACUACAGCAAGACCCUGGUACGAAGUAGCUAAAAACAAUGUAGAUAAACUCGUGUUGUCACUGCCGUACACAGACGAGAAUGGGGCUGGUGAGGUUAUAGCAAUGAGCAAAGCAAUCACUAAAAAUAUAAGUUCAACUGCUACGUCAUCAAACGUUCUAGCUGUUAUGGGAAUGGAUUUCACCAUGACAUAUUUCUAUAAAUUAUUGAUCAAGCACUAUCCGGAAUGUGGAGAGUCCAAAACCAGUGACGAUGAACCAAUUUGCCUACCACAAAGACCAUUGAUAUCUCCUAUAUUUAAAAAUACCGAUGUCAAUACGGGUUUAGAUAAAUGCUAUUACGCUAACUGCGACGACAAACAAUCUUCAAGAGUAAACAUGCGAUCUGUGAUGAUUUUUGCUUUAUUAUUCUUACUGGUCAUCGAUAUUAGUGGUGUAGAACAGCAACUGAAAGAAUGGGACAAGCAAUUUGAAAACAAUAAUGACAAUGGUGGACCACUCAGUAGUACAGUAGUUCAAAGCAUCCACGAAUUAGUUAAGAUAAUGCCAUCUGUUGUUAUGUGUUGA